AUAAAUUUGUGCUGAAAUCUCAGGCCAGUUUGUCACUCUGUGUCCUACGAUAUCUUUCGCUUCAUCUUAUUAGUGCCACCUCGACACAGCUGCAGCCUUCUGAUCGUCCAACGGAAGCCAUGUAAAUAACUAGGAUUAUCUUUCAAUGACAACGUUAUGCAUAAGAUGGUCUCUGAUUUGUUCAUCUGUUAACCAAAUUCUACCAGUCGCAGCAGCGCAGCAUGUGAAGGAGAGGCCUUCGUAAAAAGGUGCUUUUCGUUGACAACUGCACAACCUGGAGAAAAGAAAACGCGUCUUACUACAGCCUUGUGGAACAGUGGAUUAUAAGUGGAUCUUUCGACCGUACAGGUCAUGCAACGGCGAACAAUUUGCACGAUCUUGGUGAUGGCUUUUGGUGUCACGGCAGCGUCUGAUUACCACCUUGUUAUCCUGCAUCAGAAUGACCUGCAUUCGCGUUACGGAUUAGUCGACCAGUGGGGCAGUCCGUGUCGAAAAGUGGCAUACCAGAUCGAUCAGAAUGUUACAUGUUUUGGAGGAUUCGCCCAAAGCGUAGCGUACAUAAAGAACAUCAGAGGUGAUCCUUAUAACCCCAACACUCUUGUGAUGAACGCAGGAGAUUUUUUCCAGGGUGAUGCCAUGCAUAUGCUUUUUAAAUGGGAAGUGGCCGCGGCUAUGGCAAAACAUAUUCCGUUCGACGCAAUGGUGAUUGGAGACAAGGACUUCAACGAGGGCAUUGACGGACUGCUCCCAUUCAUGAGAGUGAUGGGUCCGAAUGUCUUCAUUUGCACGAAUAUGGUAUUCAGUGCUCUCAAUGAGACGCUGAGAAAAGAAUUAGAAGAGAUGUGUCCACGCCACAGAAUUCUCACCGUAGGCCAGAAAAAGAUAGGCGUUCUUGGCUAUCUACUUCCGGAAGCUCAAGUCAACUCUUAUACGGGCGACAUCAUCUUUGAGGACGAGAUAAGGGCGCUCACCCGAGAGGUAAAAGUGCUCAGGAAAAAAGGCGUCAAGAUAUUGAUCGCACUUGGCCACUCGGGGUACAAGCGUGACAGGGAGAUUGCUCGCCGCGUGCCCAGUCUGGACGUGAUUGUUGGAGGUCACUCACAUAGUCUUCUGUGGCCGGACUUCUUUUCCGAGACGGAAGCUGGCGUGCCUCCUGAUAUUGAAGACCUGCGGUUUCUCACCGGUCCGUAUCCCACCGUGGUGAUGCAGUCCAGCGGGCGCCGCGUCCUCGUUGUGCAUGCCUACAAGGGCGGCAGGUACGUAGGCAACAUCAAUAUCACGUUCGACCGUGAUGAUGAGGUGAAGGAAUGGUGGUCACAGCCGAUCUUAAUAAGGCCUACCAUGCCAGCGGACGAGGAGGCCAAGAAAACAGUGGAUGAAUUCUUCGGACGACUCCAUAAUGAGUCCAUGCGGCCCAUCGGUCAGUCUUUGGUGCAACUAGUCGGCUUGGAAGAAACAUGCGCGAAGAAAGAGUGUAACCUGGGCAACUUUCUGGCUGACGCAUACAUCCGGGCGUUGCGAGUAAAUAUCAACCGUAAGGUCAGCCAUAAGGGAAAGAUUCUGAUUCCAACCAUCGCCUUUGUCAACUCAGGCCAAAUCGUCGCAUCACUCCCCAUGGGAAACAUCACCCUGUCGGACCUUGACGUUGUUUUGCCGUUUCGCAAUGCCGUCGAAGUGAUCACUGUCACCGGCAGUGCAAUAAUGCAUGCGUUACAGAACAGCCUAUCAAACCUUUUCCGUGAACAGUUUGACGGCCGGUUCAUGCAGUUUGCCGGCGCGCGUGUCGUUUACGACGCGCAGGAUGGGCCAGGAGGCCGUGUUGUGUCCUGCCACUUGCUCUGCAAUACCUGUCCUAUUCCGAAGUACCAGUUGGUGAACGAGUCGCAACUGUACCAGAUAGCCGUGUCCACUUACAUAGCCAAUGGCGGUUACGAUUACAAAAUGUUUGCGAAGCCGCUAGAAAGGAAACGUUACGGGUUGCUUGAUCUGUUUGUGCUGGCUAGCUAUUUGAGACAGAUGUCUCCCGUGCACCCGGCUGUGGAAGGACGGAUCAAGUUUAAGACCCACAGCAACGCGCAAAGGGUGCCUAAGCAGUGUGCGAGCCGACAAACAGCCGCCUUGCCCAUAUUUCUGGCGCUGCUGUGCAGCACAGCCGUGGUGUGUCUCAGUUAAGACUAAAGCGAAACGGGACGCUCAGAACGGAGGUCUCACGUGUGCCUUCAAUCUGUUAUAUGUUAAGGUGUCUUGAGCAGCAAUGUAUGCGGAUAUUUGUCAGGGGACGCGUUUUUCUUCAUUAACCCCGUCCUGUGGUUUCUAACAUUGGCUGCGACGUUUGAGUUCAGCACGCGCUCACGCACGCAUGCCCCCGACCCCAAACACAAAUACAGGCCUUUCGCCCGACAGUAGCAGCAGUGCAGCGCUAAUCUCAUAACCGUCAUCUGUUCAUUUAUCUCCGAGAUGGCAAACUGGCAAUUUAAUUUUCUUGAUACUUUGCCCGCUCAAUCGAUUACCCACACCAUCAUCAGCCUUCGUGAAUGUGAAGACCUCAGGCCUUGGUAUGGACCCAAAGCCAUGUAACACAUUAGCUCCAGUUAUGCCAAACUCGGAAUAUAUUUUUAUUCACAGUGUUAUUCGCAACUACAUAAAAAUGCCUGCACUCAACGAUGCCUUUUUGACUGAAAGGUUACGCUGGAAUCGAGAAAUAGCAACCGCGGUUACAAAUGUGUUUAGCCUUAACAUAGGC